AUGAAACAAACCAACGAACAAAAAAGAGAUAAUAAUCCUGAUGAAAAAAAAGAAUUUAGACCAUUUUUAAGGAAAUUAAAUGAAUUUAAAUUUUGGUUAUAUUCAACGAGAGCUAUUUUGUUAUCAAUAGUUUGCACAUUUUUCCCAUUUUUAGACAUACCUGUAUUCUGGCCCUUAUUACUUUUUUAUUUUAUAUGUUUAUUUUUGGCUACUAUGAAGGAACAAAUUAAAAAUAUGAUCAGAUUUAAAUAUUUACCCUUUAACACAUCUACCAAGCAAACAUAUGGUUCCAUCGUUCGGGGGAGUGGACGAAACAAAUAA